ACAUUUCUACGGUGCGGUGGUUCGAAUUGGUGGCUAACUGAAAUCAGCAAAUGCUAAGCAGCGCGUGCUAAUAACGAGACUUACAAAUCAAAUCAGAUUCUAUCAUAAAACAAUUAGAAGUGUUGUGAAUUUGUGCCCGUUUGGCCAAAACUAAACGAAAUCUUCAAAACUAACUAACGUGCAGCAUGUCGUUUGCUCUUACCAGCUGACAUUGACUAAGAGGCCUGUAAAGCGAGCAACAUUCAAAUAGGAUACAGGAUAUAUACACAUAUAAAUAUACAUAUAUAUAUAUAUAAAUAUAUAUAGGAAUAACUUAUCGUAUAUAGAGCUUAUAUACAGUCAAACAAAAUGGCUAUGCAAUACCACAACUACAACAGCAGCACACGCUACGAGAUGGUCGUUGAGAUAGCCAACAUUGCAUUAGAUGAGUUUAAAACACAUCAUCUGACCCGCAACUACACGGGUCUGGUGCAGCGCUACUACCAGCUCGUCGAGGAGGAUUACGGCGAUCCACGCGCUGUACGCUUUCCCCUUAUGGAGCAUCCGCUCUUCACAUUCGGCCUGGUCGCCCUUUACUUAUCCUGGGUGCUGGUGUUGGGUCCUUUCUUUAUGCGAGACCGCAAACCCUUCCAGCUGCGCCGCACACUCGUCGUAUACAAUGCCUUCCAGGUGCUGCUCAGCGGCUACAUGUUCUAUGAGCAUUUAAUGGCAGGCUGGCUGAACUACUACAAUCUGAAGUGCCAACCGGUUGACUAUUCGGAUGGACCCAUGUCUAAGCGGAUGCUGAAUCUGUGCUACAUAUAUUAUCUAUCCAAGCUGACCGAGUUCGCCGACACCGUGUUCUUUGUGCUGCGCAAGAAAUCAUCGCAAAUCACCUGGCUGCAUGUCUAUCAUCAUUCGGUGACGCCACUGGAGACCUGGGUGCUGGUCAAGUUCCUCGCAGGCGGCAAUGCGACAUUCCCCAAUCUGCUGAACAACUUUGUGCAUGUGUGCAUGUACUUCUACUACAUGAUGUCCGCCAUGGGACCGGAGUAUGCCAAAUUUUUGUGGUGGAAGAAAUACAUGACGGAGCUGCAGAUCGCGCAGUUUGUGCUUUGCAUUGUGCACACCACGCGGGCGCUCUUCAGCAAUCAGUGCCAGUUCUCCAAGUUUAUAUCGGCGCUUCUGCUGCUGAAUGCAUCCAUAUUCUUCUGCCUCUUCAUGAACUUCUAUAUGCAGAGCUACCGGAAGUCCAAGGCUCAGCAGCAGCAGCAGCAGUUGGCGGCGACGCCAGCGUUAAGCUCAAAGGCCGACGGCAACAACAACAACAACAACAGCGCACUACAACAGGAUAAGCAGCAGCAACAGGAGCAGAUCCUGGCGCACAAAUUGAAGGCCCACUAGGCGCAAUAGACAGAUAAAAAACAGAGAAUGAAAAAAUGCUUCCAAGCGCUGCUCGCUUGCUAAAAUCUGUAAAAUACGAUAGAAAUUGGUGUUGGUUCACAAGGCGGGCAGCUCACAAAUUUGGAAGUCGUUUUUGGUACAAAGGUUUUACUUUAAUUAUAAUGGGGAGCCAUAAAUGUGUUUAGCUAGAACUGCAAAAAAAAAUGCCCAAAAAACAACAAAAAAAAACGCUUAGCCCGCAUAGAUUUUCUUUUUUCUGCCAGGGGUUAUGCAAUAUAGUAUAGAUAGAAAGAUAAAUGUAUGUCUGGGUUCAAUUUUGUUGCAGCUACUCACCAUAUAGAUAACUUUGCUAGAUUGCUUGUCAAUGUAUCUUAGAUAACUAUAGUAAAACUGGGCCAAUUUUUACGAUCUUAAGCAUAAGUUUAAGUCAUUUAAUUUUAGAACCUCGAAAAUGCGCGCCGUAUACAAAUAUAUACAUAAAUAUAUAUAUAUAUAUACAAAUAAAUUUAUAUAUAUAUUUAUAUGUAUAUUUAAUUUUGCCCAGUUUGGCAAACGUAACUCUUAAGUGUUAACUGUAAUGUGUAAUAUGUGAGUUUUGUAAAUAGAUUUUGUAAAUGUUAAAUGUUAAAUAUUUGUAGCCGCUAAGCAUAGCCUAAGCCAACUAGUCUUAGUUACAAAAUGCGAACGAACAAACAGAGCAAUAAUAAAAGUUAAGACAAAUAUAAAAGAAUAA